AUGAAUCUGCGCAAAGAUAAAGUGGUACAGUCUACCGACGGAGACGCGCUGUCGUCCAAGUACUCGGCGGUGCAGAAAGGGUACCUGCAGGACGAGUUCAUCGAUCUGUUUGUGGCUGGUUCCAAGCAGGCGGCCGCUCAACAAGGCCCCGGGUCUGCUCGCAAGGUGGUGGCUCAAUUCCAGCCGAAAUUACCGCUCAUCAACCGUGGCACCUUUGUGCGACACCACGCGAUCGACGUACUGGUCGACCGGUUUCUGGCCGCCAAAAAACCGGGCCAGAGAGUCCAGAUCAUUUCUCUGGGCGCUGGAUCGGACACGAGGCCAUUCAGUCUAUGGAGCAGCAAGCCCGAAAACAGAGACGAGAUUCUGUACCACGAGAUUGAUUUCGCCGUGUCCGUCGAGCGAAAAAGAGACAUUAUCAUGCAGGAUUCGACCUUGAGGGAGUUGGUGGGCGCGCAAGAGUACGACAAGACAACCGGCAUGCACACACAAAGAUACCACCUGCACGGAAUAGAUCUCCGUUCAAUCGGCCCAGGCUUUGUGUUGCCAGGAUCAGACCCCAGUCUUGCGACUCUGAUCAUCAGUGAAUGCUGUCUAUGCUACCUCGAGCCGGACCAGGCCAAACAGGUCAUUUUCUGGAUCACCAGCGAGUUUACCAACUCCACCAUCGUCAUGUACGAGCCGCUGUCGGGCCAGGACCAGUUUGGGCAGGUCAUGAUCGAAAACCUGGCUUCCAGAGGCAUUUCUAUCCCUAGCAUGACCAAGUUCCCGUCUCUGGAGUCUCAGAUUGAGCGGUUCAAGGCAGCAGGGUACACCGAGGUGCUGGCCACAUCGAUGGACGUGAUCCACGACGAGUGGCUGAGUCCCGAGGAGCAGCAGCGCAUUCAUGGGCUCGAGUUUCUGGACGAGCGAGAAGAGCUGCUCUUGUUGCUCAAACAUUACUGUGUGGUCUGGGCCAGUAAUCUGACAAAGUAG